UUGACAGUGGCGACAGCGCAGAGCUGCAAGUGGAAAGUCAAAUACAUCUUUGCGCUUCUGGCUUUUUGCACAAAAUGAGAGGAAAUGCGAGUUUUUGCCUAUGUGAUCACAGCAGACACGAGUUUAGACCCUGAUCGUGUGUGUGACUGACACGACUCUGAAACUGAAGCUGCACUUGUGAGAAUUAUCAGUUAAUUGGGCCAUUCAGGAACUGUAAAAAAGGAGGAAGACGAAGAAGUGAUGGAGGACCCGUUACGAAAUUAACCCAGAACUUAAAAAAAAUGACGUUGAUUUUAAAUAAGGCGCCUAAGAGCACGUUUUAAAUGACCUACAACAUUUAACUGAGAUUCUUUUUUAAAAUUUAUUUUGCUUUACCAUGCGUAACAGAUGGAUACGCCGGAGGUUGCUUGUCUUAAUUUUCACCUUCUUCAUCAUUCUCUACGUGGAUUUUCAGCUUCGAACCAGCAGCCUUCCCAAAGUUAUAGUGGUUCACCAUCCAUCACCCGGUGCGAUCCACCACCGGACCAUCCAGCAGGCUACCUUCCUGGUCAGGGACGCGCAGAACCCGGCGAAAAGUACCAGAAGCAGCGGCGAAACAGCAUUGGCCGAUGGAGGUCGCUCGGUGCCCGAGGACGCACAUGUCAGCCAGCCCGAACUGAAGGUGGAGGACGUCUACAUAGCUGUGAAAACCACCGGGAGGUUCCACAAGACGCGCCUCGCGCUUCUUUUGGAGACCUGGAUCUCCAGAACCAAAGCGCACACGUUCAUUUUCACAGACACAGAGGAUGUGGACCUAACUUCAGAAGGUUAUAACAUGGUGGUAACAGACUGCCAGUCUGAUCACAGUCAGCAGGCUCUGUCCUGCAAGAUGUCUGCAGAGUACGACGGUUUCAUGGCCUCAAACAAGAGGUGGUUUUGUCAUGUGGACGAUGAUAACUACGUCAACCCAGAAGCUCUCCUCUCGCUGCUGUCAGCCUUCCCCCAGGAAGGUGACAUCUACGUGGGCAAGCCGAGCCUGGACAAGCCCAUCACUGCUCAUGAACUGCUGGAGGGCAACGCAACGAGGGAGGUGCAGUUCUGGUUUGCAACAGGUGGAGCAGGCUUCUGCCUGAGUCGAAGACUGGCAGAGAAGAUGGCUCCGUGGGCCAGUGGUUCCCAGUUCAUGAGAACUUCAGCUAAGAUCCGUCUUCCUGAUGACUGCACUGUGGGCUUUAUUGUGGAAAAGCGACUGGGAAUCUCCAUGGUCCACUGUCCUUUAUUCCACUCGCACCUGGAAAACCUGUUGCUCAUCAGCCAGAGAAGCAUACCACAGCAGGUGACACUGAGCUAUGGGAUAUUCGAGAAUAAGAUGAACAGCAUCGAGGUAAAAGGGAGCUUCUCGAAGGAGGACGAUCCCUCCAGGUUUAAGACUGUCCACUGCAUCCUGUAUCCCCUCACCAGCUGGUGUCCAUGAGUACCCCCUAAAGACGACCACAUCCAAGCACCUGAGACAAAGCUGGUAUCCAGCUGGAUUUAAUAUUUUACCUUUACCUGCAGAAAAAUGGACCGAUUCAUUUUGGUGGAGCAGAAGGAUGCAGAAGGAAUAACGGUGACUCAGACUUAUCUGUGUUCCACAACGCCUCACCUACCACUGAUCAACACAGACUGUAAAAGAGGGAUCUAGACAUCGUCUGUUUUUGGACUUCCAUUCCGAAGACAUGAUUUAAUGUUUGUCCAUUGUUGUGUUCAUCUUUUAGAGCCACAAGAGAAGAGGGUGAAAUUCAGAAAUUAGGCGCUAAUGUAGCAAGCUUAGUUAGCAAGGCUGGUCCACUGAGUCUAUAGGAAUUUCUUUUACUUAUGUAUUAAUCACAUUAUUUUAUUGUAUGAUGCCUUGGUGCCACUGGAUUUUUAAACAUGUUUCACACUCAUACUAUAAGACAAAUGGUGGGGGUCUAGUAAGGAAGUUGAGGGAAGCAGACAACUCCACAGGAAGAAUCUUUUGUAAACAUUGGGAGGGAGCAAGGGAGUGUGAACCUUAAAGUGUGAAACAACUGUGUACUGCCUUUUGUUCCUGAAGAAGGUAUUUAACUAAGAGCCAUGUUAGGCUCAGGAGACUCUGCUGAUCGUCUGCCCCGCGAUCAUGCAGGCUCGCCACAAGCUUGGGUUUUUUAUUUUCUUUGAGUUUUAGAUUAAAGAAUGUUAGCUACCGCUCACCGCUCAUCUGCAGGCUUUAUUUAAUGGAAAAUUUUCACAACAGAGUCUAUAGCUGAGCUGCAUAGACGCAGAUACUGGUUAUCUAGUGUUAAGUAACAUACAGAUGAAAUACUAAAUUUUCCCUCAGCAAAAAUGUCUUGGAUUUAUUGAACCACAAAGCAUCUUACAUGUAAGAUAACUGCAAUUAAAAUGCUACAAGAGGCACUAUUGCCACAAAUACAGGUGAAGGGUCUAGGUCAUCGAAUCAAAUUAGCUGAUGUGAAGUCUUGGAGACAGCUAGUUGCAUAGCUGUCAGUUAUUAAUGAGUGGAUGCUCCUGAUAGGACAAAUGUUAAGCCUUAAAAAAAUUUAAAUGAUGAGCUAGAUAAAAAUUCCACUGCAAAGCAGUUUUUAUAAAUGGGAAAAGAAACUCUAGGCACAAAAACUUCCCUUGUUCAAGGCUGUAAACCUGUUUAUGUGGUAUUUUAACACGGGAGUCGGCACGAUUUUCGAGCCAGUUUUUCAGCUUCUUUUUGCACAGCGCAGUGGUUUCAUUUUCAGAUGUCAUCUGCUGACAGCACCAGCUGUUAUGCACUCAAAACAUUGGCUUUAGAAGAAUGUAUGAAAUACGAAAUUUAUUUUUCUACUUUAAAUCUGUGUUAUGUUCAAAUGAAAUUGUUACAUGAAAUGAAAGGAAUUUUAUGUGACAAAUGAGCACUUAAGAUUAUUGUGGAUUUUGGUUGUUGUGUGUGCUGAGAUCUUUUGUCAUUUUGCUGGCAAGUGGGAAAAAUUAAAAUGUUAAAGACUCACUGUGCAAAGUUGAAA